AUGAAAUCGUCUAGUGAACUUGCUAAGGAAGCAGCAGAUUACCGGUUUAAUGUCCAGGUGUCACUAAAGUUAUAUCUGUCCACCUGUGUUGAAAUUCUGGAAGAGGCCCAGUCUGCAUCUUUAUGGGGUAACAUUGAAAGGUCUUACUUGUUAUAUUUGAGAUAUCUCGAUUUAUGCAUGAAUAAAUUGGUAGGACACCCUCAUGUCAAAAACCCAAGCAAUAAAGAAGAGAACCUGCAUCGGCAGGAAUACUUACAAUUAAUGAAAUUGGAAGUGCCGGCGAUCUUGAAAAUUACUGAAGACAUGAGAGCAGACGUUGAUUUGCGAUUCCAGAAGUUUCGACUUUCAUUAGUCAAAAAUGUAGCACCUGCUGUUAAGUCUUGUACUGAAAAAAAUAGUAAAAUAAAAGACUCUGAAGAAUCUAGACCCAUUGUCCUACCACCUUCAUUUGACGAGGAGCAAUUUAAUCAAAAAGUUUUGUGGUUUCAUACUAAUAUCAUAGAUUUGAAUUCUGCAAAAUCUGUGUUAUCCGAAAAGGAGUCUCCAAGGACUAACUGUGAUGCAUUUUCGUACCCGGAGCUACCUAAGUUAAGCUUUUCUUCAGUGAAUUAA